AAAAAGAAGUAAAUCAAAGAAAAUGGAGUAAAGAAAUUGAUCCACGAUCGAUCAACAAAGUGAGGUUAGGUUCCAUCUCCACCUCUUUCUCUCUCGAAUCUUCUCCGAUUAAAGGAACAAGGUCUGGUUUACAAAAGUCUCAUAGAUGUCGAGUGGAACAGUGAGAAGGGUUUCACGUCAAGAUAUACAACUGGUUCAAAACCUUAUAGAACGAUGCCUUCAACUUUACAUGAAUCAGAAAGAAGUUGUGGAUACUUUACUAGAGCAGGCUAAAAUCGAGCCUGGGUUCACAGAACUAGUUUGGCAGAAGCUUGAAGAAGAGAAUCGGGAGUUUUUCAAAGCUUACUAUCUUAGGCUAAUGGUUAAACACCAGAUAAUGGAAUUCAACAAGUUGCUUGAGCAGCAGGUUCACCACAUGCGUCAGAUGCAUCCAACUGGUGUUGCUUCUGUCCAAAACACAAAUGGUUCUCAUCUUCAAUCAAUGAAUCAGAAACAAUUAUGCUAUCCCUCUGAGCACACUGACCAAUCUUUGAAGUCUGAAAGUGCACAUCAUCCAAUGGCUUCUAGUCUGUCUAAUGCAUUCCUCAAUGGCUCUUCCACACUCAAUACAAACGUGCCCUCUUCUAUAAACAUAUCAACCCAUGCUAGGAGAGUUGAUGCUUCUCCAAAUAUGCUCUCAUCGCAGACCACAAACAUGCCUAUGAUGCAAGGAAUGAAUGGAGGAAUGAUCAAGUCUGAGACUGCCUUUACAAACCCUGCUUCAUUCAUGUAUGGUGGCGAACGGAAUGCCCUCGAAGGACAUUCGGCAGUUGGGGAUACUUCGAUUCCUAAUUUCAGUAACGAGUCCAACAACCAACCCCUCAGUGAUCCGCUUCUUGAAGCAGAAGCUUCUACUUUUGGGUUCUUAGGUCAAAUUCCUCGUAACUUUAGCCUCUCUGAUUUGACUGCUGAUUUUUCUCAGAGCUCAGGUCUUUCUCCAUCUCAAUAUCUCAUAUACUCCUUUCUCUCUCGUUGUUCUGACGUCUUAGCAUGCGUAUAACACCAAGUAGUUAUUAGUGGUUUUCUAGUACAAGAGCCAGUAAACAGCUAAUAGGAUAAAUUAUUUGUCGUAACCAUAAGUUUCCUGGUUGAUUUCAGAGAUUCUGGAGAGCUACGAUAGAUCACCCUUCCUUGUGCCGAAUGCUGAAAACUUCCUGGACUCCCGUGACAGAGGAGAAUAUCAAGGAGACAACAAGAGAUUGGAUACCAUAUCUGAAGGUUUCAGUUACGAUAACAUCGGGAGCGAGUAGUUGGGUAUUAGGUUUUGCUUUAUCACUAAUAACAUAGGACACGUUUGUGUACAAAAGAUUCAGCAUUUGAUGGUUUUCCUUUGCAAAGACUACUUGGUGGGGUGUAUAAAAAGGGCUUUCUAUUAACAUUGUUACUUAAGCUUGAAGUUAGUAAUAAGUUUAAGAAGAAGAUCAUGUAAUUUUCAGUGUGUGAUUUUGUCUCUUUUCUCUUGUGUUUUAGUUAUCUUUUUUACUUGUUACAAUUGUUACUCUUUUUUUUUCCGGAUAUAAGUGGUUUGGAUAGUGCCGAAGGCUAAGGAUAGAGUCAAAGUAAGGAAUCGAAAAGAAACCAGAAACUUG